GACGGUGGUUGGAAAAGGACUCGGAGGGGGCGGGGUGCAGCAGAGAUGUUUGGAGGCUUUUUUUAAUAUAAAAUUAUUUAUUUAAAUAAAAAUGGCUGCCGUAGAGAGCGAUGAGGAGAGAAUAGAGGAGGGCCAAGAGGAGCGUCCGCAAAGAGAACAGUCCCACGGCAAGACCAAGAAGCUGCACAAGGAACGCUGCCAUGUUGAGCAAGUUGAGCAACACACCUCAGCAUCAGAGCCCGUGGCCGGGCCCUCGCAGGAAUCAGAUACGCAACCGGAGGCGGAGUCUGUGGGCUCUCCCAGGCAGCGGCGCUCCGUCAUUCGAGAUCGCGGACCGCUAUACGACGACCCUUCGCUGCCUGCUGGCUGGACCCGCAAGCUGAAGCAGAGGAAGUCCGGACGCUCAGCGGGGAAGUUUGACGUCUACCUGAUUAACUCGGAGGGAAAGGCUUUCCGCUCCAAGGUGGAGCUCAUCGCUUACUUCCAGAAGGUCGGGGACACCACCACUGACCCUAAUGAUUUCGACUUCACUGUGACCGGUCGUGGGAGCCCGUCCCGCCGAGAGAAGAAGCCCCCCAAGACAACAAAAGCGGUCAAACCGUCCGGUCGAGGUCGUGGCAGGCCCAAAGGCAGCGGGAAGAUGCGGCAGGCGACAGAGGGCGUGGCCAUGAAGCGCGUGGUUGAGAAAUCUCCCGGUAAACUGUUGGUCAAGAUGCCCUACAGCAAGGCGGAGUCCACCAGUGGGACCACGCCCACCCCUUCAAAGGUGUCAUCACCUGCGUUACCGUCAAUCAAGUCUCGUCCGGGCAGGAAGAGGAAAUCAGAGCAGGAUCUCCCUGCCGCUCCACAAACGACCCCUAAGAAACGGGGCAGGAAACCAGCGUCGGUUUCAACGGUGUCGGCGGUUUCUGCGGCGUCUUCCUCGUCAGCAUCGACCUCUGCUAUGUCAACAUCAGGGGGCUACGCCGCUGCUGCCAUCAUGGCCGCCGAGGCAAAGCGCAGAGCCACCAAGGAGUCUUCCAGCAAACCUGUUGUCCAGGAAACAGCCCUGCCAAUCAAAAAACGAAAAACGAGAGAAACGAUUGAGGAAAGAGAAAGCGUUCCUACCCCGGGAUCGAGCACAGCAGAACCAGGAAGGAUGGAGACUGUUCCAAAGGAACCCACACAGACUUCCCACCAGGCUUCUUUGGAGCAGGGCCAAUCCCAAUCCCAGAAGCAGCCCCCUGCUUCCCAGGAAAGUUCCUCACAUGCACAUAAGACGCACAAAGGGAGGAAGCACAAGGAGAAGAGCGCAGCAGCGGAAAGUGGCGAGGAGGAAGUGAGCGAGGACACUGGAGAAAAGGGAGGAAGAGGAGGAAGGAGUAGCAGCAGUAGAAGUAGCACCAGUCCUUCCAAAAGCCACAAGAGGAAGGAGCGCUCCCCACACAAACACCACCAUCACCACCACCACCAUCAUCACCAUCACCACCAUCGCCACCAACAGACCUCUGCGGAUCACCGUCAUCCUGCAUCCGGAGGCUCCGCCCAGUCCAAACCUAAAACUGACACACCGCACCCAGCUCCUUCCAAACCUGUCCAACAAUCACCCCCACCGCCUCUUCCCUGUCCCGUUCAGACCCAGCAGUCCCCAGGACAUUCCCAGUCCCAAGUCCCAACAAGUCAGCCACGUCCCCAGAAAGCACCACCACCCUCAGUCCAACACAGACCUCAGCUUCCGGCGCCGCAUGUUGUGCCCGUAUCACACCUUCCAAAGGUUCCUCUCCCCCAGACACGGAAUCCAAAGCCGCAGACCCAGUCCUCCGUCACGGUCCAACCUCAACCCAGACCCCCCUUUCAGACUCAAUUCCAAAUUCAGACCAGGACCCCCGCCACAGCGCAAGCUCACCUUCAACAACAGUCCGUCUCCAGGCCGCCCUCACAGACUCAGCUUCAAUCACAGAUGAGACCCCCCUCGCAACACCAAGUACACUACGCUAGGCCCCCGCAGGCCCACGCACCGCCACAUUUUCAGCAGAUCCAACCACGUCCCCCCAGGCCUCACACACCACCGCAACAACCGUCUCUCAGACCGCCCGGUAGGUCCCGCCUGGUGGUGCCAUCUCCGCAGAGCGAGCAGCCUCAAGAUCUGAGCACCACACCCGCAGCACUCGCUCGCAGCAUGGAGGGGGGUCCCAGAACGGAAAGAAGACCUGAACCAGGACUCGUUUCGGAAAGCAAAGACUCUAUCGAGGGCUCAAACAGCACCGCCAGGCCCCACAGCUCCAUCCGCGCCGAUCCCAAUGCAGGAUCGGGGACAGCGGAGCUCAGAGACAUUGUCCCCCAGUCAGCUGUUCCUUGCCCGAGCCGGGAGGAAACUGUUGAGUCUCGGACUGCUGUCAGCGAAAGGGUCAGCUGAUGGGAGCG